AUGCAAGCGCAAGUUCUGAUGUUACAGACUGAUAUAGACGAAGCUAACUAUUUUGUAGACAUCGAUGAGCAAGUAUUUGCUUUGAAACACAAGUCAAAAAAUUGGAUAGCAGAAAUUGAAAAUCGUUUAGAGAAAAAUUCUCAAAAAUCCAAUAGGAAAAGUUUAUCAAAGUACUCAUCAGGUUCGAGUAAAUCAAGUAGAUCGCAAUCAUCAACCAAAGAAAAGGCAAUUCAGGAAAAAAUCAGGUUAGCCGAAUUAAAGGCAGAAGCGUCGUUGUUAGAAAACCGUCAGAAGGCAGAACACUUAAGCAAGCAGUUGGAAUUAGAAGCAGAAAUAGCCAAAUCCCAAGCGCGGAAUAAAGUAUAUGAAGACUUAGAAAGAGAAUCUCAGGCAUCUGUCAUGUUACCACCCAGUCAUGUUAAGUUAAAAUCAAAGGAUUAUAUUCAUAAAACUAUUCAUGCUGACAACACUGAGAAAUGGUCACUAUCAGGUUUCGAAGCUAGACCAGAAUUGGCGCAUAAAUGGGCAAAUCCUUUACCCGAAAAAGGAAAUAUAAGUGACAUGUUCUGCAACUUGAUACGCCAACAAUCUGCUCCAGAAAAUGUUCUUGAUGCCAGGGGAAGAUUGAUUAGGCUGAUUAAAUUUACCAGUGGGGAUGCUAAAGAUCUGAUACAGCAUUGCAUACAUCUACCUGCAGACAUUGGAUACGUUACUGCUAGAGAAUUACUUAAAGAAAAAUUUGGUGAUCAAUAUGCUAUAGUUGCUGCAUAUCGUAGAGAAAUAAGACUAUGGCCUGCUGUAAAGUCUGGCGAUAAAUCCGCUUUCAGAAAGUUCCAUAACUUUCUUGUCAAAUGCAAAAAUCUGUGUUCAAUAUUAUCUUGGAAUGCAUUGGAUAAUCCAGACACCAUUUGUCUUCUCCUCACCAAAUUACCCAUGUAUUUGAGAGAUAAAUGGAAUAGAAGAGUGUUUGCUUUGAGAAAGUGUGAGAAAGAACCAGUAUUUGCAGAUUUUGAAAGAUUUAUAGAUGAGGAGGCUACACUAGUUUGUGACCCUAUGUUUUCACGUGAAGCAAUUGAAAUGUAUGGAAAUGGUUCGAACAACAGAAGAAAGCUAAAAUGUAAUUUUACUCGUACCAAAGAUAAAAAUACUUCAGGAUAUAAAUCAUCUGAUAAGAAUCAAUGCCAGAUAUGUGACGGAAACCACGAUCCAGACGAAUGCAACAAAUUCUUAUCCAAAACAGUUGAUGAUCGUAGCAAGUUGUUAUCAGAGAAAAGACUUUGUUAUGGAGGUUAUGAGCCAAUUAGUAAAAGUCAUUAUGCUAGAAUUUGUUCUAAGCGCAGAAAAUGUAAAACCUGUGAUGGCAACCACCCUACUGGACUCCAUGGUUUCAAACUGAAGAAGUCAAAUAAAGAAAAGGAAGAAGACGAGCAGAAACCUUUAAUAUCUUCUGCUACUGGCUUCGAAAAUAAUUACAAUGCUACCAGUAUGUGUGUCGUACCUGUUAUUCUCCGCCAUACAAAUACUGGAAAAGAAAUUCAAACUUUUGCAAUGCUGGACUGUUGCAGUCAAGGGACCUUUGUAAAAGAAAGUUUGGUUUGUGCCCUUGAUAUUGAUGCUCCAAAAACUUCAGUGACUGUUAAAACGAUGAACGGCGAUCGGACGUUUUCAUCUUCGGUAGUGACUGGUUUGGAGGUUUGUACAGCAAUACCAAAAUUGGAAAAAUGUUGGAUCAAGUUACCAAAGUCGUACACAAAGCACGAUCUCCCAAUGAAUUCUGAGGAUAUUAUUACUUCAAAAAAGAUAUCAAGUUGGAAUUAUUUGCAUGAUAUUGAAGACGAAAUUUCGAAAACUCCAGGGGACGUUGGUCUCUUAAUUGGUGCAAAUUGUGUGAAAGCUCUGGAACCACUAGAAUUGAUCUCUAGUAUGAUGGGCGGACCAUAUGCCGUUAGAACUAAGCUUGGUUGGUGUGUUGUUGGACCAAUUCAGUCAAAUGGUAGCGCCAGAAGUAUCAAUUGUCAUAACAUUAUUAUUAGCAACAUUGAAAGCGUAUCAUCAUCAGCAACUAGCUUCGUCGCAAAAGAAAGUAUACACGACUCGGGCAUUGCAGAAAUGCUGCAUCAAAUUUAUCUUCAUGAUUUUACAGAGCCAAAACUUGCUGACUUGAAGGUGAAUGAGCCAGAUUCCGAGGAAAUUUUGUUUGAAGAUCGCAAAUUCAUGCAGUUAAUGGAAAAAGAGACCAAGUAUGAAGAUGGACACUAUAUCUUGCCAUUACCAUUAAAGGACCCAGAAAUUAUUCUACCAAACAAUCGCAAACAAGCAGAACGAAGGUUAGAACAACUUAAAAGGCGUUUCAAAAGAAAUGACAAGUUCUUCACAGACUACAAGAAAUUCAUGGAAGACAUGAUAACUAGUGGGUUUGCGAAACAAUCGGAUAAUCCACCUCCAGAAGGAAAAACAUGGUAUAUCCCACACCACGGUGUAUAUAAUGAAAAUAAACCUGGCAUAAUCCGAGUUGUGUUUGAUUGUGGGGCUGAGUUUGACGGGGUUUCAAUCAACAAAAUGUUAAUGUCUGGACCUGAUCUAACCAAUCAACUUGUAGGAGUUGUGAUGAGGUUUAGAGAAGAAUUAAUUGCAUUCAUGGCAGACAUAGAAAAAAUGUUUUAUCAAGUGAGAGUUUCUGAAAAGCAUAGAAGUAUGUAUCGUUAUUUGUGGUGGCCACAAAACGAUAUCAAUCAAGAUCCAGUAGACCAUGAAAUGUGUGUUCAUGUGUUUGGAGCAGCAUCAUCGCCUAGUUGCAGUAAUUAUGCCCUUAAACGAACUGCAACCGACUUUAUAGAUCUAUUUGGAAUUGCAGCAGCUGAAAUACUAAGAAAUAACUUCUAUGUAGAUGAUUUAUUAAAGUCUGUGAGGGAAAGAAAAGUGGCGAUUGAAUUAAUAAAGCAGGUAGUAAAUAUGUGUCAAGCAGGAGGAUUUAACCUUGUGAAAUUUGUAUGUAAUGAUUCCAACGUUUUAGAGAGUCUUCCAGACGACAAGAAGAAGAUUUCAUCUUCACCACUCGAUAUUAACACUUGUAGUGACCCAACUAUGGAAAGAGCUCUUAGAAUUUCGUGCAAUUUGGAGUACGAUUGUUUUGAGUUCAAGGUUACAUUUCGUGAAAAGCCCAUGACACGCAGAGGGAUGUUAUCGAUGCUAAGUUCAAUAUAUGAUCCAUUAGGAUUUAUUGGACCGUUCAUUCUUCGAGGUAGAAGAAUAAUCCAACAUCUGUGUUAUGACAACUUUGGUUGGGAUGACAGAGUACCAGUAGACGUUGUGGAGAAUUGGCAUAAGUGGAUAAGUAAUGUUAGAAAGUUAGAAAAUGUAAAAAUAAAUCGAUGUUUUCAUCCAAAAGAUUUUGGAGAAAUAGUAGAGUCUGAAUUACAUCAUUUUUCUGAUGCAUGUAGUAGUGGUUAUGGUCAGGUGUCUUAUUUGAGGAUAAAAAAUGAAAGAGGGAGGAUACAUUGUGCCUUUGUAUCUGGAAAAUCAAGAGUGGCCCCAAAGAAGUUUAUAUCAAUACCACGUUUGGAGUUAACCGCUGCUGUUUUGUCGAUCAAGAUGUCCAAGGUCAUAAAGAAGGAAUUAACAUAUCCCAUAAAUAAUGAAUUCUUCAGGACGGAUAGUCAGGUCAUUCUGAGUUACAUUUGUAAUUCAGAAAAAAGAUUUAAAAUUUUUGUGGCAAAUCGGAUUCAAAUCAUUAAAGAUCACUCAGAUGUUAAUCAAUGGCAUUACAUAAACACUAAAGACAAUCCAGCUGAUUAUGCUUCUCGAGGAAUAAGGGUUAAAUCCUCCUGCUUGACACAUAUUUGUCAAGCAGGAGGAUUUAACCUUUCAUCUCGGUAG